ACCCACAGUUUGUGGACGCACCCGACGGUUUCCCGCCUUCAUUCAAUUCGAGUCGAAUACGCGAUCGAUGUUUUAACUUUUUAAUUUCCAACACGGCCUGUGUUUUGUUCAAAUUUAAAUUUUUCGAACGUUCCAAAACAUUUUUCGGAACUUGAAUUUGGUUUGAAAUUGUUUUGUUACUUUUUAUUAGUUUUGUGUUUGUGAAGUGUGUUACUGAGUUUAUUUUCUUUACUUUUCACAAGUAAUGGACAAAAUAUCUUGUAAUUGCACUUGGAAAAUGGGUUUAUUUAUUGGCUGAUUCAGCUGGUUUUGAAAGAACAUUUUAGACGGUGUCAGAGCAGCCUCCAGCACCCGCAAUGCAGGCGCGACACAGCUUCUGGUGGCACCUGCUUAUCGACCUGCCGAUACUACUCCUCGUUGCGGCAGUAUGCAUCCUGCUAGAGGUAGGAGCGCUACCGAGCCGUCGAAGCGGUUUCACCUGCAACGAUCCAGCCCUCUCUUUCCCUCACGUGGGCGACACAUUCUCUAUCUCCCUCGUCGCAGCAAUCACUGUUGUCAUCCCCAUUGUUAUCAUAUGGGCAGUUGAGGCGACUCUCCAUCGAGAUGAUGAAUACACGUUGAAGAAAAACAAGAUAUGCUCCAGCUUAAAGAUCGCGGCACUGAUAUACAGAGACUAUAUCUACGGUGCUGUGGUCAAUCUGACGAUUCUUGAAGUGGUCAAGUGCGUAGUGGGCUCUCCUAGACCGACAUUCUUUGAUCUCUGCGAACCGGAUAAAGCUAAAACUUGUAACGGGUCGGAGUUCGUCAGUAGCUACACAUGCACGUCCACGCGAUCAUCCCGCUACCUGCAGAUCGACUCCAGCCGCAGCUUCCCAUCUGCACACGCGUCGCUCUCCGUCUACUGCGGAUUGUUUCUCGCUUGGUACCUCCAGAGGCGCGCGUUCAGCUGGCGGAACCGGUCAGUGCUGGUCAUUCCCCUGGUGCAGACGGUGUGUCUGAUCUACGCGGCGGUAUGUUCGCUGACCAGGGUCACUGACCACCGCCACCAUUGGUGGGACGUCCUGGUUGGAGCCUCCGCGGGAAUCCUUAGUGUUUUAUACACGGUGCUCGUCCUCCGGAAGAACUUCUCGCAGCCAGCCGUGGCCAGCACCAGUGACCUCUCUAGUAGCGACGGCAACAACCAACAGUCAGUUCGACAUCUACUCUCGAGCAGGACGCACGUCCUCCGACCCUAGCCUCAGGACGUGUAAGCGAUGCUUACAGUGAUUCAGAAUUAAUCUUCUCAGGGAAACAUCCCUGAGGAGACUCCGGAGUUUCAGGGAAUCAACCUGAUGCGACUCAGGGGGGACAAUCAGAACUGAUGAACUUAGUGAGCUAAUUGCUUUUAAGUGGAAGUGCCAGUUUUAGGAGCCAAUGUCUGCAACGCUUCAAUGAUAGUAGGACACACGAUUGAAUUACUCCAGCAUUUUUUAAACUGUGGAAACGAAUUUGUUUGGUACGUAUAUGUAUUUAGAUCAGAAAAAGAUUAUAAUAGUAACGUUUAUUUUAACACGCUAGUAUAAUGUUGUACUUUAGUCUCUGUUCUUCAGAUUAGGAUCAACAUUGAAAAAAUAUAUACCGAAUGAAUAUCGUGUGGUAAACACUGCAGCUGCAAAGUUACUUAUAAAACUGAUAAUAUGAGCAAAACGUUUAAGUUUAUGGAGACAUGGUGCGUGCGUCACUGGAUAUCAAUAAAACGCAUUUGACAACGCUUCUCCGUGAACGCUUCCAUACACCGCCCUAUGUUUGAAUUUAUCGCGCGAUUCCGCGUCUCUAUAAACUAGGUCUUAUACCCGUACAAACAGCAAGGUACAUGUUUGUAAAUUAUUUAAGUAGUUUAGUAUAGCUGACACUAAUUGCAUUAAGUACCUACCCGUUAUAGGUGCUUUUUAACGAAAGGCGAGUAUAUUUUUAAAGUGAUAUUUGUUCAAAUGUAGAUAAUGUAGUUAAGUAGUGGCGUUAAUGCAAUGACAUUGUAACGGUAUAUUAUAAACGGGUAAUUUCAAAUAGGAAAAGAAAGACACACGUUUUUGCCUAACUGUAUUCUAAAGAGAGCUAAUACCAUUAAUGUGUUUUUUAACACGUUGACAGUCCAGUGAUCCAUAUACAGGUCAUGACGGACUACCUCCAUACGUCCGUGACCCAUAUAUGGGUCACUAAGAAACACCAGGUACCUCCAUUACAGUAUGUUUAAUGAAUGCUACUGUCCACCUGUUUCAAGGCUGAAGGUUCAGUAAAAUAUCUGUUUAUUCAGUUUUACUCAAUAAACUGAAAUGACAUGACAUGAAUGAAAUUGAAUAAUAUGCGGGACUUACAAGGAAGUCAAAACAUUUCUGUGUUAAACAUGACUGUCAAUGUGUUAAAGAGAGCAAUAAUAAUUACCGAUAGUCUGAAGAAAAACGAUUUGUUUGUAAGGUGUCAUUGUGCAGGUUUUUCUCUGAAACUAAUGAGCUAUUUUGAGAAUAAUCUACUGAUAUUUAAAUCUUAAAGUCACUGAUAUUCAAGAUAUAAAGUUUGUUGUUUAAAGCAUACAUAAACUGUAAAAGUGCUCUUAAAUUAUUAUGCUAUUCAUUCAAGGCAGCUAAAAUAGCAAUUACGGAUUUACAAGUGUGUUUGAUUUCCUUAAGUAUUUAUUUGUGUAACAUAGACACAAAUUCUGUACAAAAAUGACCCGUAUUAAAAGGACUCUGGUUUUAUUUUUACGUGUACAUGCAUAACUACUUAAUUUCCAUUGAUAGUUACUUUGAAGACCAGUGAUAAAUCAUUUCGUUCUAGAAGACAACUAGACGAGUUUCUACUUAUACUCGAUGUAUUAUUAGACACAUUUUAUGCGUUAAAAUGGGUGUCUAAAGUUAAAUUGUUUGUUAGUUUCUCUGACACACUCUUCGUGAGGUUUAUUAAUUAAAUUUAAAAUGAAAGAGUCUUCACAUAAUAUAGCACAAAGGAGUAGGCAGGUGUGUAAAAUCUGCCUACGCCCAAGCCCUGCCGGCUCUGUAAAGUCUCUUGUUUUAGGGGGCGAACCUAUGUCCAUUAACCGGGCACAAUCCUGCCAACCACGUGAUAUCAAUUAAAAUUCAAACGUAAUUUCAAACUCAUUUAAUAGUCGAAUUCAAUGGUUUAGAGCCCUCGCCGGGAUUCGAACAUAUCGAACCCUAACUACAAAACAGUUAUGUCACGCGUUGUCCAAGCCCUAUCACGGUUUUUUUUUUAUAUAAUAAAUUACUGUCCUUACAUAACUUAUGAAAUGACAUAAUAUUAUUACUUACUUAAAUAACAAUUAUGCCUACAGUUAAUUAAUGAACAAUUUGACUUUGUAGAAUCACCCGAAUAAUUUAAUGUAAUGCAAUUUAAUGUAGAAACAAUGACAGUAUUUACUGUACAGUACCUGUCUAGUCGUAAGUUUACUAAAAUUUAAUUUAAGUUACUUUUAAAUAAAAUAGUUUAUAUAACAUCAGACCCACCUAUAAUUUUAAUAAAUAAUUCCGUAAAUGAUUUAAUUUUAAUAGCACGAGAAUUUCACAUAUCCAUUGUUUUAUUACGAUUUUUAUUUCUAAAUACUUACUUAAGUAAUUAUUUAUUGGAAAAAUACAUUCCUUUUCAUUUAGAACUGUUUAGAUGUAGAACUUUUUUUAUUAAAAUGAUGUAAAUAUUGAUGUAAGACUAGGUGUGUGAAUGUUCGGCCUGUCUUUAAUAAAUGGAUAGAAUUUUA